AUGAGUGAACCAAUUGAAAAUAAUAUUGUUGAUAAACAACAAGAAGAGGAAGAAGAGGUUGAAUAUGAAGAAUUAACAGAAGAACAAUUAAAAGAAUUAAAUGAAUUAAAUGAAAAUUCAAAUGAUAAUCCAUUUGGCGAAAGAAGCGUUACUGCUGAAAGUGAUGAAUUAGUUAAAUCAAUGGAAACAUUAGCAAUGACAAAUGAAAAAACUACAGCAAGUUAUUUAAUUAUUGAUACAAAUGCAUUAAUUUCAGGUACAAGAUUAGAGACAUUAGGUAAAGAAUUAUGGACAAUUCCAGAAGUAUUAGAAGAAGUUAAAGAUAAAAAAACAAGUACUUUCUUAACAUCUUUUCCAUUUGAAAUUAAAACUAGACAACCAACCCAUGAAUCAAUGGUUGCAGUCUCUGAAUUUUCAAAGAAAACUGGUGAUUAUCCAUCUUUAUCUGCUACCGAUAUGAAAUUAAUAGCUUUAACUUAUACUUUUGAAGCUCAAGUUAAUGGUAUUGAUCAUAUUAAAACUGAACCUGAAAAACUUCAAGUUGUAACAAAGAAACCAGUUCAUAAGAAAAAUAAUAAUAAUAAUAACAAUAACAACAAUAAUAAUAAAAAAGAUAAUAAAUCAGAAUCGGCCUCAGAAUCAAAUACAACUACAGAAUCAACUACAACUACUACAACUACUACUUCUACAGCAACAACAACAACAACUGCAGAUAAACCAAAGAAAAAGAAAAAUAAAAAUAAAAAUAAAAAAUCAAAACCAAUAUCAACUGAUAAUAAAAAUAUAGAGUCAACAACUACUGAUAGUUGUUGUGAUCAUAAACAUGAAGAAAAAGAGGAAGAAAAAGUUGAAAAAGUUGAACAAGUUGAAAAAGUUGAAAAAGUUGAAAAAGUUGAAGAAGAAAAAGAAUCUGUAAAUAAUAAUAAUAAUAACACUAAUAAUAAUAAUGACAAUAAUAAUAAUAAUAUAACAGGUAAAAAGAAAAGAAAUAAUAAAUUAAUGGUAAAUUUAGAAAAGAUUGAAGAAGAAGUUUCAAAAGAAAAUUUAGUUGAUCCAAAAGAAGUUUUACGUCAAUUAAAGAUUAAACAAGCUGAAGAAGCUGAAGAAAGAAAAAAGAAUAGAGUUAUUAAAGUAGAGGACGAAGGUGAAUGGAUUACACCUGAUAAUAUUAAAAAUAAAUUAUCUUCAACUUAUGUUCAAGAGAAAGUACAUUAUGAUGUUGGUUGUAUCACUAGAGAUUUCUCUAUGCAAAAUGUUAUCCUUCAAAUGGGUCUUCAUUUAAUUAGUGCUGAUGGUGUCGUUAUUAAACAAGUUAAACAAUUCGUUUUAAAAUGUGUUGCAUGUUUAAAUAUUACAACUGAUAUGGAUAAAAUAUUUUGUGGACAUUGUGGUAAUAAAUCAUUAUAUAAAGCAACAACAUAUGUUGAUAGAAAUGGUAAUCAAAGAGUUAGUGUUGGUUCAGCUAAACAAUUCAAUUUGAGAGGUACAAUUUAUUCAAUUCCAAAACCAAAAGGUGGUAAAAAGAGUAACGAUAUCAUUCUUACUGAAGAUCAAUAUUUACAUAAAUUAAGAGUAACUGGUCAAUUAUAUAAAAAGAAAGUUUCAAAAGAAAUCAAUAUGAAUGAUCUCGAUUUAGGUUUUGGUCAUAAAGGUCCUUCUGAUGAUAUUGUAAUUGGUUAUGGUAAUAAGAAUCCAAAUGUUGCUCGUAAGAGAAUUGGUAAAAAGAAUAAAUCAAUUUCAAUCUUUUAA